CCCACCCCAUGCGUGCACCCCAGAGCGGGCGCGCCUGCAAGGCAAAGCCCCGCUGCCCCCCGGCCUGAAUGCAUGUAGGCGCCGGCUGCAGGGACGCUCCGGGAAGGAUGCUCGGGCUAUAGGCAGCUGCCCCUGCUCGCGGCCGGGGCACCAGGCGGAGCUCACCCACCCAUGCUGCCCCAGGCAUGAUCUCCGAACGGGGCUGGCUACGCCUCUCUCGCUCCUGCCCCAUGGACUUAGCUGCGGUCGCCGGCCGGAGCUCGUGAGUCUGGGCUGCCCGCCGAGCGGGGCCGGUCCCCGGGAACUGGAGGAUACUGCAACAUCCUUGGGGACAUACAGCAGGCUGACCUGGAGCCUGUGUGGGACUUAAAAAGGACUUCCAGUUGGUGGUAGCCUGAGGAACUUCCUUUCACUCCAAUGUUGCUCCAAAACUAAUUGUCGCCAGAAUUCGGAACUAUCAGGUUUGCUAAGCUUGUCUUGUGUGAUCUUCCCCAGUCCCAAGACAGAAGGACUAGACCAGACCAAUGGGGUUUCCUCCUGAGAGGAGGUCGUCAGGCCUUGCUCUUGUUUAAGGAACUUUUUCACCUGAAAGGCAUUACAUCAUCAUGACACCCAGCCCUCAGCUCGGCGGUGAGGAUACCUGAUUGUCAGCCCUGCAGAAGCAUAUGCCUCAGGAACAGUACGCACACAGGAGUGCCAUGCAGAGCUCAGAAGGCCCGCAGGUAUACAAAGUGGGGAUUUACGGCUGGAGGAAGAGAUGCCUCUAUUUCUUUGUGCUACUCCUAAUGAUUUUAAUCCUGGUGAACCUUGCCAUGACCAUCUGGAUUCUCAAGGUUAUGAAUUUCACAAUUGAUGGAAUGGGGAACCUGAGAAUCACAGAGAAAGGUCUGAAGCUAGAAGGAGAUUCAGAAUUCUUGAAACCUCUCUACGCCAAAGAAAUCCGGUCCAGACCAGGCAAUCCAUUGUACUUCCAAUCUGCCAGAAAUGUUACAGUGAACAUUCUCAAUGAGAAGACAAAAGUCCUUACUCGUCUUGUAACAGGUCCCCAAGCAGUGGAAGCACACAGCCAAAAAUUCGAGGUGAAAUCCCUCUCUGGAAAAUUACUGUUUUCUGCAGAUGACAAUGAAGUGGUCGUGGGAGCAGAGAGACUGAGAGUUUUAGGAGCAGAAGGCACAGUGUUCCCUAAAUCUAUAGAAACUCCCAGUGUCAGGGCAGACCCCUUCAAGGAACUAAGACUUGAGUCACCCACACGCUCUUUGGUGAUGGAGGCUCCAAAGGGAAUUGAAAUUAACGCAGAGGCUGGCAACGUGGAAGCCACAUGCAGGACGGAGCUGAGGCUGGAAUCAAAAGAUGGAGAGAUUACGCUGAAUGCUGCAAAUAUCAAACUACCUAGAUUGCCUCUAGCAUCCCAGUCCUCUACCGGAUCCAGGCAAAAAAUCUACGAACUGUGUGUGUGUUCCAAUGGGAGGUUAUUCCUGUCUCAGGCAGGAGCUAGCUCCACCUGCCAGAUAAACACAAGCAUCUGUUCUUAAGAGACGGUUCGCAGCAGGCAUUGCAGGCAGCACAGAGGCCCUGUUCUGGUCUCACAGAUAGCAGCUGCCAACUAUUUUUGCUAGAACCCAGAAAGCCUAUCAAAGACUUUUUUGUGUGUGUGCGCGUGUGUGAAUAUAUAUAUAUGAAUAUAUAUAUAUAAAAAUAUAUAUAUAUCCUCUGUGUAAAAUGAUGUUUCAGUACAAUGAAUCCCAGGGUGACCCUAUUACAUUCUGUUAAAUUGGACUCACUACUCCCUGAACUCUUCUGUAUUAAUAUAGUCUAAUGAUCCUCCCUUAUUACUCACUGUCUCCUCCUAGCAAUGGGAACAAUGUCUGAUUCAGUACACGAACUGACGUACUCCUAGCACCAUGCAAGAGGAGAACAACAACUCUGAUCAUUUUUGCACCAUUAAAAAUCAGUGGCAACAGAAUGGCCGGCAAGACAGAGCAAAUGGCCUCAAGAACUCUGAGACGCUUGUCUCUAAAUUACACUCUACUUUAAAUCUAAAGCAGAGCAGGCUAAUCAGGAGACUCUACACUGUCCACCAAGAAAACUGGGUUUGAUUCCCAGUGCUGGUCUCCACUCCCUUAGCCUUGGGAAGCAGGGAAUAUAGGCCCCAAUUCUGUUCUCAGCGGAGUAAAUGGCAAAACUCCCAUUGACUUAAGUGGUGCUGGAUCAGGCCCAGAGAAGGUAGAGAAUGGCAUGCAUCAUUCAGCUGCAAUGCAUUCAGCCAGUGAAGGGGCGAUGUUUAAUGGGCUCUGAAGGGAGCCCCUUUCAUUCCUCCUUGGCAGAUAGAGGUAUAAAAGAUCAGGGAAUUUGACAUAUACAUGGAGGUCACUGCCUCUGGGAGAAAAUUCAAACUCAGGCUAAUUCUGUUUUCCUGUGGUUUACAAUAGUAACCCCUAUUUGUGUAACUGACAUUUUAUUACGUUACUUUGCAUCAACAGGAAAACUAACUGUGCAAAUGCCACAUCCCCUGUUAACAAAAAAAAAUGCUUUAUUUAAAAAAAAAAGAGAGAGAGAAAAAAAUGUUGCAAUUACAAAAAUACCAGGUCUACAUAGCCAUCAGGUGUUCUAGUUCAUCCUGGAGCUUUCAAUCCUACACUCUAGGAGUCUGGGGUAAUUCUGCUUUUAAAAUAAACCACCUGUCUCACUGUCUCUCUCUCUCUCUCUCUCUCUCUCUCUCUCUCUCACACACACACACACACACACACACACACACACACACACACACACACGUCUGAGAGACAGUGAAACUCACACAAAAGAGAAGCAUUAUUCAAAUUCUCUGCAGGAAUUUUGUUUUUUUUAAACAGGGAGGACAGUCUGAGGUCACUCACUUUUUAUGGAGAUUGCAAAUAUCAGAGAUGCUGAUUAUGAAACAGGACUUUUAAAAAUGUUUUAUAAAGAUUAUGACCAAAUAAGGUCAUGGAAAAGUAAGGCUUUGGGCUCUGGGUCAUCUUGAACUUCAACCCAAAUAACUCAGUAUUUGAAUCUGUUUUUCAUGAGUGGAGAUUUUUCCCUCCAUGAGGCAUUUAUGGGAAAGGAAAAAUGUGAGAUCUGAUCUUGUCACACUGUUUCCAUUAUCCAAAAAUGGGAAUACCAUGGGCAGUGUGGAGAUCUCAUAGUUACUGGGUUUCAACUCCAUCAGUGGCUCCACCAGGCAUUUCAGAAGCCUGUGAAAAACAUACAUGGUAAAUUUUUCAAAAAUGUCUAAUUCCUAUUAACUUGCAAUGAGACCUGAGUUACUAAGUUAUUUAAGUGCUUUUGAAAACUUUACCCCUAUACAAAUACUCAAACCUGUGCAUACCUCUGGUCAUAUUGAAAGUACAUUGAUUUCACUCAAACAAUUUUCACGAUUAAAUAUCACAAAAACAAAAUGUUUAGAAACAGUUUGGCCAAUUUCUACAUGAAUCACUUGUAUUUUCUUGGGGGCUCGAGAGUGCUAGGUUUCUGGGUUUUUUAAAUGUGCAUAUAGGGCAUAAUCCAAAGCCAGUUGAAGUCAAUGGAAAGACUCCCACUGACUUGUAUGGAACUUGGAUCAGGCUGUUAGAAAAAAACCCUAUCCUUCUGGUUGUUUUUGCUCGCUAACAAAGCACACUUGAGGACAUCCAUAAAAUUUUACACUUGACAGAGGUUGAAAAUGAUUAGUUCUACAAUUUUCUUAGUGAUGCAGUUAGGUUAAUUAUCAAGUUCAAACUAUUUGUUAAUUAAUGCAAAGGGUCACCCAGGAUAACAAUUGUAUUGGGACAUAGGACUAUACCAUCUCUGUUCAAAGAGGGAAAUUGUGCCUAUGCUUUAAGUCAAUGCACUCAGCAAGGAGAAGCACAUCAUAUUUAUCUUGUUAUUAAAACUACUUUAUUUUAUGGGGGUACAGUUGGAAGGGAGGGAGGCGGCUGUCAACAGAUGUCAUGGGAGCCGAUGGUGCAACAUGGAGCAGACUUAAGUGAAAUCCAUAAAGGCUGUGAGGGCUGCUGGAGUGAGUAUAGACUUUUACCAUAUUAAAUAUAACGAAAGACAAUGUAUGUUACCUCCGGACCAUAGCUGAAGUCCCACUCAUAGCCCCAUGUGGAAUACAUUUACUGUAGUAUUUUUUUCUCAUUUCAUUUUGUAUUGGAUAGUAAUUCACAUCAUAUGCAAGGGCCGAUUCAUAAAAAAAAUUAUAUUUCAAAGGUGCACAAGGUUAUAAUGAAGUUUGCGCUGAGGUAAAAUCUUUUACUGGCCCAACUUCUGUUGAUGAAAGAAACACGCUUUCGAGCUACACAGAGCUCUUCUUCUCACUAAUUUCAAAGAUUUCCACUCAGCAACGCACACAUCACGGUAUAACUGGCCAGAAUGCCCGGGUUGCUGCUUUGUUCUCUCAAGUCAUAUAAUAAUAAGAGUGUAUUGUGCAAAGAUCUGCUUUUAUUUCACUUUUCUCCCCCAAUGACUGAUUCUCGUGCUGGUGAAAGAUGCUGGGUAGAGCACCAGAACUGGCACAGGAAGGGCUGGGGUAGUGUGUAGUUUCCUGUACUGCAUUGCCAAUAUUCCUCAACCUGGCCUAGCAGGUCCCACCCCUGUGUUGGAGGGAAGCUCAGUCUUUACCUUCAUUCAGUCUUUACCCUCCCUGCUUUAUAGUUUAGUGCCAUGUGUAAUGAUAAUUCUAGUGAUGUAGAUGCUUAUCUACCGGAAACUGAACUGAGAUCGUCAUGCUCAUUUCACAAAGGCCAUGAGAGAGCCUUGAGGCCAUUCUGUCAUUUACCAGUCUGGGCUGGAUUUGAACUGGUGACUGAAGUACCUGUCCCUAUCACCAUGAUAGCUUGUUGGUAGUGUAGGUCCUCUUCGUCAGGUAAAAAGAGUACCUUAGUUUUGCAUAAAUGAGGAGAGCCCAACUUUGUAUGAGUACAUAGAAAAGAGUGAGUUUCUAGCUUUUAAAAUGUUAAAUUACGUGCUGUUAAAGAAAAAAAAAUCUCUUUGCUCUAUUGGGUGAAAUUCACCCCUGUGCAGACUUACACACCUCUUAACUUCCACUUUAAAUCCUCACAUUGGGGCUUAAAUGGUCUCCUACACCUUAUGUUGUCCCCCUGCAUGGUAGUCAGUUCCACCCAGUUAGAGAAAAGGUCUUCACUAAACAGAGAGUGUAAGUUCCUGCAGCUUCUGAGGAGCAAUCGCUUUGCUUGGCAAAGAUUGAGGUACAGUUUCAUAGAUCCAUAGAUUCUAGGACUGGAAGGGACCUCGAGAGGUCAUCGAGUCCAGUCCCCAGCCCUCAUGGCAGGACCAAAUACAGUCUAGACCAUUCCUGAUAGACAUUUAUCUAAUCUAUUCUUAAAUAUCUCCAGAGAUGGAGAUUCCACAACCUCCCUAGGCACACACUUAAGUUCAACAAAAGUGAUGUACUGAACUAAAGCAUCCCCAUUUUGGGGGGGUCAUUUUUAGCACAGCUAUGUUGCCAAGCAGCUCCUGUAUUAAUGGGAGUCACGUGAUUAAAAGAACCCUUGUGCAGUGACUUAAAUUUUACUAUUUCAAUGCUGAUGGGAAGACAGGUCACAAAAAAUUACCUAUUUCAUUUCUUCACUCUCUUCAUCUCCUAGAAAAGGAUCCCCUUCCCACUCCCCUGGAGGAUUGUUGUUCGCUUGAAAACAAUGAAAACCUUUGCUUAGAAAGGGAAGGAAUGUUGCAUGACACAAAACUCUGAGAGUGCCCGUUGGUUAUUGUUAGGAGACAACAGUACACUGUGGCCGGUAGUUCUUUAGUAAAUGGAGAUCUAGUCAGUGCUGCAGUUGUUGACCAUACAACACUGUGUGUCAUUUGGUGGGUUUAGUUUGCAUAUUUCUUUGAAUAAUUAUUUUCACUGUAUAAGAUUGUUUCUGCCCAUAGCCCACUCAUCUCCUAGGAGAUCGCUACUCAAGGCUUGCUUAGUUUCAACUUCAUACACACAAACUGUCCACAGAAGUUAAAAGAAAAUUGCCAGCCAGCGAACUGAUAUUUCUUUAUGAAUCGGACUCACAAUUUGGUUCAGUUGUCAUCAUUUGCCCAUGAAGGGCUGGUAGUUAUCUCAAGGGUUCCUUUUAUCUCUCACAACUUAGGACAGGCUGCGAGGGAUAGGGAGUCGGCUUCUAUUGAAUGGGUUAUAUACCAUUGACUUCAGUGCCUGCGAGAUCCAGCCCAGGGUCUUUCUGGGUUCAGAUUUAGGCCACUGAAGUCAAUGGAAACAUUGCCGUCUAUGUCAGUUGUAGCAGGAUUGAGGCCAGACUCAGAAUUGUGCACAAUUCUGCACUGACGCUAUGUGCAUUCAAAAUACUUGCUAAUCAAGGGACUGUGUUAUUGUCAAUAUACCUUAGGCAACCAUGAAUACUAAAGCUAAAGAUAAAUGCUUUUAUGUAGUGUAACUCUUGACUUUAAUAGAGCUUCAGUAACAUGCUAUAUUUGCUUUAAAUGCCACCGUUACUAAGUAGUAGAGAAAAUGACUAUUAGUGCUUGCCUUUACACAAUACCUUAUCUGUAUUUACUGUAUGAACUCCCUACCAUAACAGGUAUGUCACGACGGUCUUUAAAAACAAAAAGACUUUGCCAUUAGUAACAGAGUUCCUAAAACUGGAUGAUAUAUCCGCAUCCACUCUCCAAAUUUCAUUUGUUUAAAGUAUGUAUUAUCCAGCAGUCAGCAUAAUUACUACCCUGAGAGUUCAAAUGAGAUGUUAGCACUACAGGAACUGUCCUGCAAAAGGAAAGCCAGGGAGUAGUAAGUGAUAUAUUACAACUCCCCUAGAAAUUUUUAGAAAGGUUAAAGUACUGCAACUGUGGUCUACAUUUGUUUCCUUUAAUCAUGUGUUUUCAGUUCAAUUUUUUUAAACUUCAAUACCAACAUGGUACAAAAAAAUAAAAAUUAUGAACUUAAAUGACCACCUACAACAUUCAGCAUAGCAAAAUGAUGUCUAAAGCAGGCUAAGCCUCCAUUCGGUCGAGACUGCUCCAUUGUUAAAGAGGAAGAUUCCUAUGGUUCUUGGGAAGAGGUCAGGUUCGUCUGAGCCCCAUAGUCAUGCAAAAGCUGAAUGAACCGGUCUGUAAUUCUUGCACUCCUUGAAUGCGCAGGCUCUUAAGUGAAAUUGGCUUUUGUCUGAAAUGGGGGUUAGGGAUGUUUUUUAAAAAUAUUUGUUGUUACGGCUUUAAGUUUCGUAUCAUAAAGGGGAGUGAGUCACAGAUCAAAGACUGUUAGAAGUGCUGCCCCACACCCACUGUGUUAAUUUUAUGGUGCUUAUUGGAACUGGGCAGGAAACCCGGAGUUCAUUGCAUAGCUUCAGUGCACUAGACUAGAACAGAGGAAAACAAACUCAGUUAAUAGGGGAAAGAAAGUGUCAUAUUCUGUGCUGUGUACAAAAGGCAAAGAGUGGUCUAAAAACUGAAAGAAGAAAAAUUUAGUGUUGAAGAAGGUUGUUAAUAUGACAACAUUUCUGGUGCAGAGGGAUAAAUAAGCUAAAUGUUGUUAGCUGCUCAUGUGCAUUCUCGCCUUGAUGUGUGUGGAACUCCGACUGCGCUGGUGAGAUUUUCCUGUGUAGAUCAAGGAGAGCCCUAAGCUUAUGCUUCAGCGAUAGCCCUGUUUUAAGUGAUUGGCUUGCUGCCAAAAGGCCAUCUGAAAGUUGGACCUACGAACACCUAAUUGUACCUGCGGUGCAGAAGAAUAACUACACCGUGACUGCUCAAUCUUUAACACAUGUACAGUUAAACAGAAUUAUUGUUGGACUACAAUUUUGUUGACUUUUAAGUUUGAAAUUUAUAAUUCAAAAAACAAAUGGGAAAAAAGCUGGUAAUAGAUUUGUGAAGCAUUUUCAACCAGCUGGUUGGAAAUUUUCAAAUCUGGAAAUUUCAAAAUAUUUUAAAAAUUUUGCAAAACAGAACAUUUUUAAAUCUUAAUUUCCCUCCCUCCCUUCCCGGCUGCCCAUCUCUAAACAAUGACCACUGAAUAUUUAAGCAGGCAAAAAGCGCUAUUGGUGUGUGAUUCAAACUCAGUUCUUCCUUCCUCUCUGCACUCUAUGUUUCUAUAGAAACCCAUCUACAUAGGACUCAUUGUUUUUACAGCUGAUCUAACAGAGCUUAUGGUUGAGACAGGGGGAAGGUUAGAAAUUGACAUGGCAUUAAUACCAUAGAUUGGCCUACCCAGACAGCGAUGAAGUAAGCAAGGGGAAAGCAUGUUUAUAGAUAUCUCCUUAGUGAUACUGAUAAAGUGAUUCUCUUUUGUCUGUUUACACUAUUACCUUUGAAUUAACAACAAAUUUUGGAUGGAUCUGAUUGUGAUUAUAUUCAUUCCUUGUUUGGACCAACCUGGGAUAAUGCUACUGAUCCCAUUUAAAGGCUGUUGUCUGACCCAUUCUUGUCAGAAUGUUGGGGAGUUUGUUUAAUGAGGGUGACAAAUUUCCAUCCACAUUAAACACAAUGGUUUGGGAUUGGGUUAGAAAAAUGGGAUUAACUGGUAUUUAAACAAACAUUGUCAUAUUUGAAAAGCAUGUGGCAAUAUAUAUAUACACAGCCCUGAAGCUUUCUAAAGCUAAGAAUUUCCUAAUCUGCAAAUUGCAUUUUAUUGAGUCUUGUUUAAAAAAAAAAUAAAAAAGCCACUCUUUUUUGCAGGAAAGGUAGAUAUUUAUAUAACUACAGAGAAAGGGGGAAAAUCUUCAAUCAUAAUUCCACUGAGAUUUCCCAGGCACCUCACUUUAAACUAGAAGUGUGAGCCCCUGAAAAAUUAAUUUUGCUACAGGUGUACUUCCUGUGUGAAAGUCAGCAUCAUUGUCACUUUUAGGAAAUGUCUCAUCUUAUUGUUGCCACUCAGAGUCAUCCAAUGCCUAUGAUUUUCUGUCACAAGCCUUCUGUUAAGUUAAUAGCAUCAUGCUACCUAUUCAGAGGAGAUUGGGAUUUCCUCUGAAGCAUCUCAUCUCUUUUUGAAAAGAUGAGAUUGUUAGUUUUAAUCAGGAUAAAAAUAAAUAAGAGGAAAGGACCCCUAAGGAGCUAUAUAUAAGUUUUUGUCUUACAGUUAGUUCCACUUUGUCUUUCCACCAUUGAUCGUGGGCGUAGGAAGGAGAGAUUUGUGCAAAAAAACAUUACAUUUGCAUUGUGCUCUGCUCCCAAAUACUUAGGAUAGAGAUAUAGUCCCUUAGAAAACAGGUCCUUUAUCAGAAUGAUUUUUAAAAAGGCACUUUGGGACCUUUCAUCAGCUUCUCCUGGAACAGAAAUGGUGACACUUUCCAGUACAUUAGCCAUCAUAGGAAUAAGGCCACCGCAAAUCACGUCUCACGUGCAUCUUUGCUUGUCAUAGGAAUUUAAAAUUGCAUUGUGCUCUUGCAUCUCCCUCACCCCGCUCCAAAAGGCUUAACCACUAAUAAGAAAGAAAGCAUUUUGAAGCCUGCUGCUGCUUGCUAAACGCAUUAUCACUUUCUAAAGAAAUGUGAUUUCUGUAUUCCUUCAAAAGAUCUCUCAUAAUGGAACCCUUGAAGUCUCUUGAAGCAGGCUUGAAUUGGAGAGCAAGAAAACUAGUUAUUUAUGGGUGGUCCCGUUUUUAUGUAUGAUUGGAUUACAGGAACUGAAAAAUCAAAUGUUGCUGUUCUGGUGCCGCCCACAUCUUGUUAGCUACAGAUAUUUUUUCUCCUAAACUUUUUAACUAGAUUUCUUAUACAGUAGUGCCUACAGAGUAGGGAAAUUAGCAUCUUAUUUUGAAAGAGAGUGGGCACGCCUGCUAAUCAUCCUUAUCGGGGUCCUUUUCAGUUCUAGAUAUGGACAUUAUUGUUAUUAUUAUUAUUUGACUUUUUGGCAGUAUUAAUGAUGUUGGCAGUAUUAAUAAUGGGGGUGAGACCAGAUGACCCUUGUGGUCCCUUUUAACCCUAUGAUUCUAUGUUACAGAUUCUAUGUAUACACAGCCUAAAUGGUAUAAAUAGCAACAAGAAAUACUAUACCCUAGUCUUGCUAGCCAUCUUGCACCCCUCUAUGGUGACCAGAUAGCAAGUGGGGAAAAUCUUGACAGGGGUAGGGGCUAAAGGAGCCUAUAUAAGAAAAAGACCCCAAAAUCGGGACUAUCCUUAUGAAAUCAGGACAUCUGGUCAUCCUACACCCCUCAAGCAUCUGUAGUAAUGCCAGAAGACCCAGCCCAUUCUUAAAACUAACUCUGCUUUCUGCUCUAAUUAUACUUCUAUUUGGACAAACAGAAAAGUGCAGAAAGCUCAGGAAAAGGGAAAGAUGACAUGUUUCAAAUACUCAUCUACGAACAUGAACCCUGUGAAGUUUUGGGUUUUGUUUUGUUUUGUUUUGUUUUUUUUACUUGCCUCAUCAUGAACUAGCUGGACAAGCAGUCUGAGAGGAAAAUAAGAAUGAGGGUGAUAUGGGGUGACUAGGUUCUAGCUUGGUAGCAGUUUACCAAGUCCUGCCCCAUGCAGAGGGUCAGAUUCUUAGCUGGAGCUAAUGCCAUCUUCCACCGUUACUUCAGAGCUGUGCUGAUUUGCAGUAGCUGAGGAUCUGGCCCAAAAAGCCUGUCACCUUUGAUGACGUUGAAAAGGAGAUUUUUGCCACCUACUCUAAACUACAGCCUGCUAAUCCACGUGUGGAAAUGAAAAAAAAAAUCAGAUUAAACCAAAGUGGCAGAAUGGUAGCCUAUAUUCCUUCUCCAUCAGUGAGUCCCCACUAUCAUGUUGGGCCAAUUAAAGAGGAAUGGCAAGCUUUUCUCUCAACUGCUACCUCAACCCCCUAUCUGAAAAUCAAGGCAUGUUCAUUCUGCUUUCCACCUUAUCAGAGUUUAGCUGGCAUUUGAGUAGAUAACGUAUGAGGCACGGGAGGAUACCGCUUGAUCUUCUGCAUCUAUUUAGGCUCUGCUGUGCUGACUAUGGUAAGAACUCGAUUUAGGGCCAGUUCUGCAGCAUUUACCAUGAAGAGCUCUUACUCACAUGAGCAGCUGCACUGAUUUUGGUCGUUGUCCAGUGAACUAUCUAGUCCAGUCACAUCUCGGGGGCUACUCAAGAGGUCAUAUGCUACUCAGCAUAAAGGAGGAUUAAUUCAUUUACUAACAACAGAAUGAAUCUAGGAUUCGGAAGACACAAAAGAACAGCGGUCGGUCUCCAACGUUCAUAUCCAGAUAUGGAUCCAUAUCUGGAGUUUGCAGAAGUUUGAGGGCUUGGAUCCAAUGUUCUAGUUCAGAUGCAUAUUUUUAUUUUUAGUCAUUUUUUCUGACCUUGCCCGCCCUUUAUUUUAAAAACUUGCCUCAUGCAAAUUCUAGUGUUUGACAGCCCAUAAAAUUGUUUAUGUUACCCCAGUAAAAUGCUUUUCAUAGGGAGAAUUGACUGCAGGACAUAGCCUCUGGUAGUUUAAACAAUGACAUUUAUCCUGUCAAAACCCCAUUCAUCUAUGUCAUCAGAAAGCAUGUCGAUAUCCUAUAGCAGUUUUUCAUCUAUGAUAGUAAAAUGCUUUCUCUGACCUCUAUCCCAAUACUCACCAAUGACCUUGAUAGUGUAAACAUGACAAAAUGAGUGUAAACUCUUAUCACGGUUAUCAUUAAGAAAUUCAUAUUUGGCGCUUUUUUUAAAUUUAGGUAUGUGUGUGGUGUGAGAAAAUAAAAAGCUUUUUUUUAAUCAAAUAACAUCAAUCCUUGCACACUCUAUGCAAAAUUUUGUAAGCAUUGCAAUAAUGCUAUGAUUACACAAGGAACUAUUUUAACUUUAUUACACUUUCUGUAUAAAAAAGAUUUGUAUUUAAAUGAUUUCAAUUGCAAACUUGUAAAAUAUAUUAAUAAAAUAAUGAUUGUUAAGAA